UCUUGACCCUUUGCAAGCACCGUACCCUGUUUCCUCAGGGGGCGGGUUUAACUGCCCGGAAACGGAAGUCCCUUUCUCUUCCGUCUGCCUCGCUGCUUGGCGCUUGCCGUGCCGGCCUCGUGGCCAUGCCUCGUAAAAUUGAGGAAAUCAAGGACUUCCUGCUCACAGCCAGGCGUAAGGAUGCCAAAUCUGUCAAGAUCAAGAAAAAUAAGGAUAAUGUGAAGUUUAAAGUUCGAUGCAGCAGAUACCUUUAUACCUUGGUCAUCACAGACAAAGAGAAGGCAGAGAAACUGAAGCAGUCCCUGCCGCCAGGUUUGGCAGUGAAAGAGCUGAAGUGAACCAGGCAUGACAAUGUGAACUGUAUUAAAAUUUUUUAACCUCUGAAAA